AAAAACCAUUACUAUUAAUCAGUGAGCAUAAUUUAUCUCACUCCUCUUCCUCUACUCCGAAAUUGAACUGGGAUUUAAAACUAGAACACAACACUGCUGCGUAGGUGAGAGCUUAAAUUCAACAAGUAAAUGAUCAGACUUAAUGUCUACUGCUCUCUAAUUCCAAGUGCAAGACAAGCCAGACCAAGCAGCAGCUAUGGUUCAUUGAUUAUCAAUAAUCGCAGAGCUUCAAAUUUUUCUCCUCGGAUUUCAAUCAGGGUUAAGGCCGUAAAAGAUGAGAUGGAUGGGGAAAAAAGUGGAUCUUCAGGACGUAGCUGGGAUCCUGGGUUGGAAAUUGAGGUCCCUUUUGAGCAGAGGCCGGUAAAUGAGUACUCAUCUCUGAAGAAUGGAAUUCUGUAUUCAUGGGGUGAACUGGGUCCGGAGUCGCUCUUCCUUCGCCUUGGAGGUCUCUGGUUGGUAGCAUUCAUAGUUCUUGGAGUGCCGAUUGCAGCUGCAAGCUUUAAUCCUUCUAGAGAGCCUCUAAGAUUUAUACUAGCUGCUGGAACAGGAACACUCUUCAUUGUGUCUUUGAUUGUCUUGAGGAUUUAUCUGGGGUGGAGUUACGUUGGCGAUAGACUUCUAUCAGCAGUCAUUCCUUAUGAAGAAAGUGGAUGGUAUGACGGACAAAUGUGGGUCAAGCCGCCAGAGAUCCUAGCUCGUGAUAGAUUGUUGGGCUCUUACAAGGUUAAACCAGUUGUUAAAUUGCUGAAGCAAACUCUAGUUGGGACUGGAGCAUUACUUGUUACCGGAGUUAUGCUAUUUAUCUUUGCUACACCAGUGGAGAAUUUUCUUCAAACCACCUUCAACACAGCAGAAAAUAAAUCAACCGCCCGAGCUCCCAAGGUUAACACAAAGUUCAACCUAAGUAAGGAGGAGUUGCUUAAAUUGCCUGUAGAGGUGAUAGCUGAUGACGAUCUAGCAGCUGCUGCUGCUGAGGCUGCUGAUGGAAGACCUGUCUACUGUAGGGAUAGGUUUUAUCGAGCAUUAGCAGGAGGUCAGUACUGCAAAUGGGAAGAUCUGGUCAAGUAAAGGACCAAAAAGAGGCAGAUGUAAUCAAUUUCAUUUAGUAAAGUUUAUGAUUUGUGGUGACA